GGCAUUGGCCACGCCCCCUUGAGGCCCUGGCCAGGGCGAGGCUCCCGGAGACGGGGUGGAAGAAGCGGGAGCUGACGCUUGGGGCGGACGAACGUGCAUCGGGCAGGGGCAGCAGCUGAGGAGGAGCGAAAACUACGCGCCUGGUUAAGGACUGAAUUUUUAGAUUUCUACAGAAUAAGCGACCACAAGUUACUGUUGCUGAAGAGAUGGCGCUGCCAUUCAAGAAGGACCUUGAGAAGUACAAGGAUAUUGAUGAAGACGAGCUUCUUGGCAAACUUAGUGAGGAAGAAUUGAAGCAGCUGGAAACUGCCCUUGAGGAACUGGAUCCAGAGCAUUCACUCCUGCCAGCAGGCUUUCGUCAGAAGGACCAGACUGUCAAAAGCCCAACAGGCCCCUUUGAUAGAGAUCAACUCUUAGCGUUUUUGGAGAAACAGGCCUUGGAGUAUAAAGACAGGGAAGAUUAUGUACCUUUCACAGGGGAGAAAAAAGGAAAGUUGUGGAUACCUAAGCAGAAACCUGUGGAGCAGCGUGUGGAAGAGAAAGUGACCCUGGAUCCAGAACUGGAAGAAGCCUUGACCAGUGCAACAGAUACAGAACUCUGUGACCUUGCAGCCAUUUUAGGGAUGCACACUUUGGUGAGCAACACACAUUACUUAGAUUCUGUUGGAAGCAAAGGAGGCUUGAACAAUGUUGUCAAAGGUGAGAAGGUUAAACCAGUUUUUGAUGAACCUCCCAAUCCAACAAAUGUAGAAGAAAGUUUACAGCGAAUAAAAGCCAAUGACCCAGGGCUUGUAGAGGUUAAUCUUAAUAACAUAAAGAAUAUUCCAAUUCCAACAUUAAAAGACUUUGCGGAAACCUUGAAGAAAAAUACUCACCUGAAGAAAUUUAGUUUGGCAGCAACUCGGAGCAAUGACCCUAUUGCUUUUGCUUUUGCAGAUAUGCUACGAGUUAAUAAAACACUUAGAAGUCUAAAUCUUGAGUCAAACUUCAUCACUGGUGUUGGUAUACAAGCAAUUGUAGAUGCACUGAAAGAGAAUGAAACGUUAAUGGAGAUCAAGAUUGAUAAUCAGCGCCAACAGUUAGGUGCCACAGUUGAAAUGGAAAUAGCGCAAAUGCUGGAGACAAACUCCUCAAUCUUGAAGUUUGGAUAUCAGUUCACGCAACAAGGACCACGAACGAGGGCAGCUGCAGCCAUAACCAAAAAUAAUGAUUUAGUCCGCAAAAAGCGAGUCGAAAGAGAUGCAUACUAAUGAUAAUCUGGAGUCUAUGCCUGCCUGGUGCUGUAUUUCAUCCUAUGGAAGACCCACUACAGUGCAUUGGGCACGUUGCCAAGCCUAGCUUAAGGCGUUCUCACAUUUUCUGUCUGGGUAGAAGGGAGAAGACUGGAAUUUAAUCCCUCCACUGUUGUAGCAGAAACUGUAAUUUAGUAAUAACUUGCCCAUAAAAAUCACAUUUCUUUUUAAUUUUUCAGGGGACCUCAUGACUAGCACCAAACCGUGUUGUAAUUUGAAAAUGUUAGAUAGUAAAGUAUCCAAGACAGGAGAAAAUGUUUGACUUGAAAUUUGCACUGUGCCCACGUCAAGUAUUUUUUUUAACCUUUUUUACAUAUUGUAAUGAAAAUCGUGUUAAAUGGCAGUGUGUUGUGCAGUGGAGCGUCAUUUUUAUGCUGCACUUAAUGUUCCAGUGUAUCAGGACUAAGACCGGAAAACUUAAUGUUUUUUAAAAACAAAUUUUGUAUUAACUGAAGAAGAAGCUACUAUGAAGUUUGUCUUGGGACUUGGAUUUAUUUUGCUGAUUUGGCCAUGUUGCAUAGCACUAAACCAUGGCCAUAGAGGUAGCUGUCACUCUUCUGCAUACCUCUUAUGUGAUGAGAACAGUUCAAAUCAAGUCUUAACACAGGAAUAUUUCUUCAGACUUUCUGCCAAAAAAGCCACUUGUACUUCUUAAAUUCAUCUAUAGUCUUUGCUAAAACUGCAAUUUAUUACCAAAAUGACUUGUAUCAAUAAAAAUUCUGUUAGAGCAUUAUAAUUACACACUUGUAGAUUGUUCUGGAAGGAAUGUACUAGUUGGCAAUAGUCACAACUGUUUAACUAAAGAUCUACAGAUCUGGAUUCUUUGCAGUUUUGUUAACCUAACGUAUUAAGUAGACCUUUCCGGUUAAGUAUGUUGGUUUGCUAUACGUACUAAUAUUGGGAAAACAAAUCUGCUUACACUAAGUUCUCAAGGUUUGAAAAAUCCAAGCCAACACACUGAUAAAGCUGUGUGCAUUAGUUAAAAGUAUCUAAACUUUUAAUGCCCCCUCCCAACAAAGAUUUUAUUUGCUGAUUAUUUUAGGAAUUUGUCUAACUUCACUUACUUAGAAAAUUUUGUGGCAGCAUGACUAAUAUUGCAGGAAAUUUUCUGGAUACUAAAACAUCCAUGUGCAUGCCAGUAUCUUGUGUAGUAUGCUUAAAUGACCAAACUAUUGUGAAUAUUGUCUGAAAGUCCUAGACUUGGGUAUUUGUACGGUUAAGCUAUAUAAUGAUAACAUGAUGAAAAGCUGUGUCAGUGUUUGUACCCAUGUCUGUUGUCUGCCCCAUAAUCUAAUACAUUGCAUUGAGUUGUUGUUUUUUCAACAUAACAAUUAUCAUGGGAUCAUGUAAAGAAAUUGUUAUAAAUGUUCAAUUGUUAAUGUUUAAGCUCCUCUUAUACAAAAAGUCUUGUUUAAUCAAUAAUGGAAAUUUGACUUGCAGUAAUAAAUACAAAUUAAAAUUGGAUUUUGAAACGAUUUGUAUAGCCUAUCCUUGUAACUGAACAGGUUAAAAAGAACACUCCUUACAAAAGGUGUUAGGUUGUUUCGUGUAGUAAUAAAUAAUGGUUAACAACCUAUUACAUAAAGUGCAUAUAAGAAUUAAUCUGAGGGAUGUUUAUGUAAAAAGUGCUGUAUAUAUUUAACAUGUACAGCAUUUUAAAAUGAAACCUGUGGGAUAAUAAAGUUUUUAAUUAAA